AUGGCGCUGGUCCCGCCGGUACCUCAGCAGACUUUUAGAGCGUCGUCGAGUUACAGUCGGGCGGAGGGAGUUGCAGUGCCGCAGCAGAGUGAGCAGCGACAGCAGGCAUCAAGUGGCAGCGUGUAUGAGGCUCAGAUUGAGGAUUCUACGACUGCAGACCGUGUGGUGGCAGAGAUAGGACCGCUGUUGCAUGCACGUGAGGUGCAAAUUUCCGACCAUAUUUUGCAGUUGCAGGACUUGGAUGUGGUGCUUGGCAGGGAUUGGCUUGCGUGGUGCUAUGCGACGAUCAACUGUGAAGCUAGGACAGUGGUGUUUCGUGAGCCAGGCCAGGAGGAGUUUAUGUACAGAAGCUGCAGGAGUAUAUUAUUUGCCACUUGGAGUGAGCCGUCGAUGCACCGAUUUCUGGUGAUGGUGGUAGUAGUGCCUACGGCAGCAUCGGGACUCGAGGAUAUCUCUGUAGUUUGCGAGUUCCCGGAUGUCUUUCCCCCGAAGUUGACCUUGUGA